GUGAGGUGCAGUCACUGAUUGCAGACUGUUCUUCGAAGUCUUACCAGGUCGUCUGCUGUAGUAGCUUUAUUAUUAUUUUGCCUCAGAUGUUGUGCUUGGCUUUACAUGGCGUACCUAACCUUAGCUGGCAGAGGCCGCCUCCUGUUAUCUGUCAUCUGGUAGCAGUUGGGUUCAGAGCAGCUUCCAGACAGUGAGCAAGGUCAAUGCAAGACACCAGCCUGACACAAGGACUGAAGACGCCUGCGGCAAAGGUGAUUGUGUGUGACAAACAUGGCUUGUGAUAAAUGGCAGCAGAGAGGUUCUGGUGAGAAGAGUGGGGUCCAGCCACAGUUCAUCAGUGGCUCCAGCAGCAUAUCCACCUCUAAAACCACCACCAUCCGUCUUCGGGAUAUUUAUGACCCCAGGCCUCAAUCGCCCAAACCUCCAGUUCGGAUCCGCCCCCCGAGUCCCAGAACCCCCUCAGUGAAGGUGCCCAGUUUAACGCCCAGCUCCUCCACAGAGCCCCCAGUGAGGGCGAUCAUGAGGAGACGAGCUCAGUCUCUGCCUUCCUCUGCAGAGAAGACGAAAGGGCUCAGGAGUCUGCAGGUGCGCUUCGUGGACUCCCUGGGGCUGGAGUUAGAGGAAGUGAAGGUCUUCAAAGUCCAAGAGCACCCACUGAUCCCUCAACACGUUAUGUUCAGACUCCUGAUGAGCUCUGAGCUGGCUUUUCGGAAGUCACUGGAGCUGUCCCUGCCGUACUUCAAACCCUGUUUCCCAGAAAACAUGGAAGCUCAGCCCGACUUCCAGAAGCGUCUCUGCACUCAGAGUGUGUGUCUGGAGCAGGUCCUGUGUUCAGAGCAGGGGAUAACAGGCACUAUACAGGUGCUGAAUUUAGCUUAUGAGAAAGAGGUCACAGUGCACUACUCUUUCACCAACUGGAGAACACAUACAGAGGUAAGUGCAUGCUGGGUAUCGAGUGCAAACAACAAGGAGCAAGGCGCUCCAGAGGCAGACACCUUCAGGUUUCGUCUGCCAGUCCCUCCCUUCAUUAUGCAGCCAGGAGCUAUGUUGGAAUUUGCCAUCCGCUAUCAUGUGAGAGGAUCUGAUUAUUGGGACAACAACAAUGGACGCAAUUACAAACUGUCAUGCCACAGCUACAAAGUGACUGUGCCGAGGGAGUGUGAGGACAGCAUGCUGCAUUUUACCUAAGUGUCCACAUGGGGAAGCUGUACAGUACUGCACAGUAACUAUAACCGAUGUGUCCUUUACUUUAGUAAAAAAGCUACUGGAAUGUGAUCAAGUUCUUACUUCAGUACUUCUACUCCACUCACUCCACUUAUUCUAAGAGUAAGUAAGUGUUGUCAGAAAUGACAAGUCAGUGUUUUGUAAAAAAACAAAAUAAUUGAAACCAGAGGUUCUCAAAUUUGUCUCUGCCAAGGACCCCCCACAUGUGAAAAAAUAUUCUCAGUCCCCUCAUUUAUGUCCCUUGCAAUAUUUUGACAUGGCCUAAUACAUUUUACGUAUUAAAAUUUUUUCACCCUGUCAACACAGAAAGCCUAUAUAUCAUGAUCUUUUUACUGGAUGAAUCUGGAAACUGUGUGUGCCACAGACCCCUAGGGGUCCUCGGACCCCCAUUUGAGAACCACUGAUUAAAUGAUACUUACAUUAUAGGUUAACACCCUCUGAAAAUCUAGUUAUUAUGAACUGAUUUUAUUUGUCACCAUGGUGUGGUGAUGUAGGAGUGCACCCCAGGGCCCCAUGACAUGAUGGCUGGAUGUGGCUAAAGAUGCAACCAAACAUUUUUCUGACCUCACCUGUAUCUAACCAUGUGUCUCCUGAGCAAACACACUGAUGACAAGUCGACUUGACGUUCUGUGUGAAGUCGGUGUAUUGCCCCUUUAAACCCCUCCAGUGUGUUUGAAGACCCACACAAGAAUCUGCUUACUCCGCGCUUUAGCAAGUAGAGACCCAAUUUAAUGAUCGUCAGCGUGAUGUGGCAAAGACCCCUGUUGUUGUGUCUGAAAACAGAAAUUGCACAAAGCAACAAAUCCAUAUUCUCUGUUGAUUUCACACAGAUGCAGACAGUGUAAUGAUCUGUUUACAACCUGAGCAGUUUGUUUGCCCUCUGAUAUAACUGUGCUUGACCUGUUAUCUUGUUUGUAAAUGACUGGUUCCUUCCCCUGAUAGUGUCUGACCUUUCCCCAGAAAAGUUUCCACUGACACCAGUGCCCAGAUUCCAGAGCUUUCUGGCAGCCUGCGAUGUUUGGCUCAUACGAGGACAUUCCUCUUUCUGCAUGAGUCACUGCAGCUGUGUGACGCAAUGCUCCAAACAUGAUCACAGCUAUCUCGAAGUGACAACUCAAAAAUGUUGUAAAUGGUCUGUAGUGGAAAGAAGUUCAUUUUCUGUGAGAUGAUUUCAAUGUGUUUUGGAUGUCAACACGUUUUAUGAAUUUGCCAGAAUAAAUUGGCACUCUUACUUCUUUUUUUUUUGUAAAGCCCAUAUUCACAAACCACAAUUUGCCUCAUGGGGCAUAACAAGGUGUGACAGUGUGAGGAAAGAUGUAGAAGCCUCAGAGAGAGUCACAAGUGAGGGAUCCCUCUCCCGGGACAGACAGAAGAGCAAGAGAUGCGGUGGUGGUGUCUUCUUAAGAUUCUACCACCCAUCUGCAAAAAGGUAAUUAACCCAAGAUAUGAAUUAAGUCAAUACAAAGUCUAUAUGCUCCACUAUUCACUUAUCAAAUGAUACGUACUCUACACAUCUUCCUCACCACUUAUAUAUAUAUAUAGAAAAUCUGAUGGAACACUGAGUCAUAUGUUUUGGUUUUGUACUAAAGUUUGGUUUUGGAUGCUUCAGUUAUACAUGUUGACAUUAGAUCAUACCUAAGGUCUGAAACAAAGAAAUAAACCCUUGUGUCUUGGCGCCUGGCUCACAGAGUUUUCUAUGAGUUGUCUAAGUAUGUCAUUGUGUGACACCUCAAUGACGUGUUAUUUAAAGUUUUUUUAAUAUACAUGCAAUUUAAAAUUUUAUGUGAUCAUGGACAACAGCCAUAGGUUCAUCUGAAACAAAUACUUUUUUUUAACACAUGUAGUAUUGUAAUUGUUGUUGCUGCUGUUUUUCUCCUUGUGGGGUGGGGUGACAGGAACAGGGUUUUUUUUUGUUGUCAAAAUGUCUAUGAAACUGAAAUAAUGGGGGGGAACAACACUUCUGUCUGUAAUGUAAUGAAAUAGUUUUGCACUGGUAAAACUUUUCCCACAACAAAAUAAAAUUGAUAUAAAUAUGUAAUAAUAAACUAAAUCAGCUUACAUCAGUCAUUUCUGUGAACAUAGAAGUAUAUUUGCCCAUAUUUUCAAUUACGUGAAUCAAACGCAAACAUUUACAUUGUACAAAUAUGUAUGUACACGGGUGAGGGACAUGUUUUGUUUGAGACAGCAGAUUUAUUGUUGACCUCUCACUCCAGGAAUGCUGAAAAUUAUGUGUGUAAAUUCGAGGAGAUCAUAUGUAGCAAUUA